AUGGCCCGCUCAAGGACGUCUUGCCUGUUGGUAUGUUUGCUCGCUGUCCUGACCGGAGGUGUGACUGCCCUUGACUGCGCACCCCAGUGCCGAUGUUAUGGUACCACUGUCGACUGUAGCCACGGAGUCCUCACAGGAUUUCCUCGGAAUCAACUCAUACCCUCUUCAACAGAAGUCCUCCUGUUGGAUGAUAAUCAGUUGUCAGACGUGAGCCGUAACCCUCCGCUUCCCAACCUGCUGGAACUGAGCCUGGAAGAUAACUCCAUCACUGAACUGUCACGCAGACCGUUCGUUUUCCGUCCCAACAUCCGGGUUCUCCGGUUAGGUGGAAACGCUAUCUCUGACGUAUCAGCUUCGGACUUGGACGGGCUGAGCCAACUCGUGAAACUCUAUCUGAAUAGUAAUUCCAUCGCAACAAUAACUGCGUUUGGCAGUGAUUCCUUCGUUGACAACUUGAAGAUGCUCGACCUACAGGGCAACAAACUCACCUCCAUCGGCAUCGGGACGUUCACAGGAGUCUCACUUCUUACGGAGCUCAACCUCUCGUCUAACAACAUUUCAGCGAUAGAGGACGGGAGCUUCAGUCAUCUCAAGGAGCUACGUGUUCUGUACCUGCAUUCAAAUCACAUCGGCAUGUUGAACAGCGCGACCUUUAUGAAGAUGUCAGCUUUAAAUCGUCUGACUUUGAGCGAUAACAACAUCCAGAGUCUACCUGACAUGGCCUUCAUCGGCGCCCCAAACCUGGAGUUUCUGGACCUGUCAUCUAACAACCUCUCCACAAUCCCGCAAACAUCGUUUUCUGGCCUGCACAAUCUUACCACGCUGCUGCUAGAAAGGAACAACAUCAGAUCUAUCGAGGACGGGGCGUUUGGUGACCUGGUGAAGCUGCAGUCAUUGGUUCUGAGGAACAAUAAACUACAGAACAUCUCAACAUCUACUUUCCCGUCUAUGGAACUAUGGGCGCUGGACCUCACCCAGAAUCGUCUCACGGCAGUCCGGAGGGACGAUUUUGCCAGGCUGACAAAGCUGAAGUAUCUUCAUCUAUAUAGUAACAGUAUCACAAGUGUGGAGGACGGUUCGUUCGCCAAUCUUGCCGACCUUCUCGUCUUAGAAAUAUACGGGAACAGUCUCACUAAUGUCUCAGCCGCAACAUUUGAAGGCCUAGUAUCUGUGGAACAGAUAUUGAUAGGAGGUAACCCUAUCAAAAGCUACCCCGAUGACACGUUCUGGCAUCUUCCGAAGCUCAGUCAGUUGGGCCUAAUCGGCAACCCACUCGUGAACAUCAGUGACGUUUUGCUGUCGCGCCUUCAAGGCUUGAAAAAUCUUGCCAUAGCCGACACCGGCCUGACGUCUGUGCCUGCACUGCCGGCUUCCCUGGAGUCCCUGGUGAUGUUUCGCAACCAGUUGACGGAAAUCCGCCCGGGAGACUUCACAACGCUUCCCCGGUCAGGUGUAUUUAGGCAUCUCCCUUGCCUCCAAACGGUAACCUUGGGAGAAAGGUUAACCUGCGAUUGUGACUUGCUCGAUCUCGUGAAAUGGAUAAACAAAACAGUCGUGAACGUCAGACCAACUCCACCAACCUGCUUCCUCCCAAGGAGGUUGAGGGAACGUUCUCUGGAAAACCUACGCGAAGAGGACUUACAGGUGACGUGUCCAGCGACAAGUGUCCCAGCGACACCAGAACCUACGGCGCAGACCUGCCCGACACCAUCUCCGCCACAUGCAACCAUGACAACUCCUUCCCAAGGCGGCUCUCUCUCCUUAGCAACUCACAAGUCGUCAAAACCACCUAUGUCAUCCUCUACAACAGGACAAACAGUACCUGUCAUGUGCGAAACAUGUACUAGCCCAACAAACGUCAUAGUACAGAACGUAAAAGACUCUCUUGCUGAGGUAAAAUGGGCACACGGUGGUAGCAAGGAUCUGACAGGAUUCGUUAUUCAGUACAAAAUCCUUACAGAAGAGAACUCGUUGAAGGAAACAGAACUGGUUCACUCGACACGCCGAUCCUAUCCCAUAUGGGGCCUUCUCUCUGACACGCCCUACUUAGCCUGCGUGGCUGUCUCCUGUAAGAACAAGGUUAGGCAACCAGUAGUAGAUGACUGUGUGUACUUCGCAACGGGAAAGACUGCAGUGUCUGUCCCACAAGAAGCAGUCGUGGGCUUGGCCGUCGGAGUGCCCCUGUUACUACUCAUCCUCGUGAUGGCGGCCGUCAUCGUUUUCCUGAAGAGGAAAGGACGCUCCACUGCCGAACACGUGGAUGAACGCAGGCUUGGUCAACGUCAAAAACAGGAAGCAUCUAUCGGUUUGGCUGAAGUCCACGGUGAUAUCACAGACGACCCUCCAUACAACAGUAUCAACGAAGACCUGGAUAAAGGUCAUCAGGAAAACCCGUACCAGAACCCAGACUUCCUGACUGAACCGGGGGAGGCCGGCACAAUCACUAACCCCUACAUAGACUUUCCUAUGAAGUAG